AUGUCGCUCAAGAGUCGUGCCUGUCAAAAUCAACUUACCAUGUUAAGAAUAGCUUGCCUGAUCAAAAACAAACUGCUAGCGCGUGUGGCUGCUGCUGCUCUGGGCAAAGAUCCGUCUUCAGAUGCACCAGGUGCUCGAUCUGGGCGCCCACGACGCAACAAGACGCUGCAACGUCGGUCUGCCGUGCCCAUGCUGGCCUCCCUCACAGAAGAGCCAAGCGAAGCGGAAGAGAAUUGCACUACCACAGCGGAUAAGCCUUCUACGCAAGAAGAUAAGGCAGCUGAAGACACCGCUGCUGCUGCCGAGGCCAUCGUCGUGGCUCCGCCGGUUGUUGAGUGCGUGCUGUGUAAGUAUAAAGUUCCCGGUCACAUUCAUCCUGGUGCGCAACCAGCUCCAGCUCCAGCUCCAGUAGCUGCACUUACAGAAGACAAGAAACCUUCUAAAGAGGAGAAACCGAGUGAGCGGCAGAAAUCCAGAGUCGACAACCCGCCGCCAAAUCGGUUGUCGUCCUGGUUCUAG